AUGGCGUGGGCCUUUGCUCGCCUUGGCAAGCCGAACCCGGACUUCCUCCAUUUGCUGAGGGAGCAGGCUGACGCCGAUAUGUCGAGGUUCCCGGAACGGCUUCUUCCAGAUCUAGCUUGGUCGCUUGUCAAGCUGGAAGCUGCGGAAGAUGACACCAUGCAGAAGCUUGCUGAUGAGGCUCAGCAAGUCACCAGAUUAGAUGGUGUGAGCUGGAUGACAUUAAUUCUUUCCCUGAAUCAUGCCAAUGUCAAGCCACGUCAGAUAGACAAACUCGUCCGCAAUUGUGCUGCCAGCCUGAAAGGCAAAAUAAAGAGCCAGACAGAAUCCAGCCUUUUGGCGUUGCAUUGGCUGCUGCGGUCUGUCAAGAGAACGAAGGGCAUCGCAUCCUUCCGGAAGGACAUCGAUAUCGAGAUCUCGAACCGUGGACUUGACAGCUUGGACUUGAGCACCAUGUUCACGCAGGAGGGCGCGUUCCUGCAACUCCUGCCCAGUGAAAGUGCUACCUUUGCGGCAACGUGA